CUGCGCGGUACGAGGUCGUACCCCUCCCCGCGCGGGCCGCGAGUGCCCAGCCCUGCUCCCAGGGGUCUCCGCGGGAAGCCGUCUAGAAUGGUCGAGGCGACUCACUGUCGCCGCGGCAGCCGCGGCGGCCGCAGCAGCAAGAACAGCCGCCUCCGCAGCUCGCAGUCGCGCGUCUGUCAGAAGGAGGCGGGUUGACUUUGGAGCAGGGCCGAGGCCCGUAGCGUCACAGCGAGGGAUGGAACCAUGCGGUCAGAGGAGGGGCUAUGAGUACAUGAAGACCCUGCAGGAUUUGCUCACCGACAUUUACGCACUCAAGGUCACUGUUGAAACCCUCAGGAAGGAUGUGGCCAUGCUGAAGGACAUGUUUGACAAGAUGCAUCUGGAAAGAAUAGAUGCUUUCUCUGAAGAUUUGAAAGGGCAGAACCAGAAGAUGAGUGCACUGCAGCGGGAAGUGAUUUCUCUACACAACAAGAUAACCACCAUGCCCAAAACUGAGGACAUGGUGCUCUGGAGCAGCCUCCAUGAGGCCAUGUUCACCCCGGGAACUGCUCCACAACUGCUGGAUGAUUCUGAGCUAUGGCAGAUUGCGGAACAUGUUGCAGAGACCGACCUUCCCCAGACGGCUGAGUACCACAAAGAAGUUAGCCACGGCCAGGUCGUGGAGGCCAUCCAGCGCCCCAGAUUCCUGGAGACCAUCUGGCAUUACCAAGUCCCAGGGCAGCUACAGGAGGAGUCUGCCCAAGCAGCUCUGCUCCCCAGGGCCCAGGGGCCGGACCAGGCCCAAGUGCUCGAACUUGGGCCUGCGCCUGGACCUGGGCCUGCGUUCGGACCCGGGCCUGCAUCUGGACCUGGGCCUGCCCCUGGACUGGGGCCUGCCCCAGGUCCUCAGCCCACACAAUCAGGAUCCUGGCCUGUACGACCACGAGGCUGGCCUCCUCCCAGAGGCUUGCCCGGGACCAGCUUGGGCUAUUUCCAGCCUGGCCCAGGCCCGUCGGGCUCCCUGUCUGCCCAGCUCCGGGGCUCUAGGGUCCUACCCCCAGCCACGGAACUAGGCUCAGCUUGGCCUCGUUCACUGCGGCCAUGGUCUCGCCAGGGAGACACAUCCAAGCUCUCAGCUCUCUCAGAGAAGGAGGAAGAAUAUUCCUCCGUGGAAGUGGGAGUCCCUCAGGUUGGAGCCCCAAGGGCUGAGGCCUCCGGAAGUACUGCUGCUGCAGCCGCCUACGCAGCUGCAGCGACAUCGGCAGCCCGGGCAGCUAAGGCGGCUGCCAGGCUGGUCAGGGACACCCCAGCCACCAAAUUGGCCACCAUAGCAACAGCCGUGGCCGCAUCCGGACCCUUAGGGGUCCUUGCAGACAUCCUGGGCGCGGGGACCUCUCGCGGGGCCUUCACCGAGGACGGCGAGAUGGAAGACUUGCAGGAGGUGGACUAUGAGGACGUCCUCUCUCCUUCAUUCUCUUCUGCCAGUGUCCCUCCCAACAUGGCCCUGUCCCAGGACGUGCUGGCUGCCAAACAGGCCAUGACCCAUGAAGACAAGAAGAAGGCCGUCAGGUAUUCCAUGAGCCACAUAGCCCAGAUGCCCAUUAGACAUGACUCCCUGAAAGAAGAGUUUGCCCAGCUGUCAUCCAACCUGCAUCAGCGUAUGACUUAUCUAGCUAAUAUGGGAGCCUCUUCCAAGCUUGGGACAACAGUGGACGUAUUGCAAGAAAAGAUUGGCAGCCUCCAGAAAUCCAGGAUGAGGGAGGAGGAACUUGAGAGAAUUUGGGGCCACCAGAUAGGGAUGAUAAAGGACCACCACCUCGUGCUGGACAGGGCAGUGGACAAGCUCCAGAUUCGCCUGGAUGAGUUUAAGGUUGUCCAUUCUCAGAUUAAAAACCUAGAAAUGUACAAGGCAGACAAAAGUGUGAUGGAGCAGGAGCUGAAAGAGAAAGCCGACGGGAGCUCCCUGGCAGGCAAGGCAAGCCGGGCUGACCUGGACGCAGUGGUGAUGGAGCUGAAUGAGACGAUUCAGGGCAUGCUGUUCAGGGUUAUGGCCAAUGAGGAUGACUGGAGGAAGACUGUGGAGCAGCUGGACAAAGACCUACGCACCAAGCUGGUUCCCAGUGAUUUGGACGAUCUGAAGAAAGACGUGGAUGAGGUCUGGAAAGUAGUCAGGAAGCUGCUGGUUGAAGGCUUCUGGUUCGACCCCGACAGCGCUGCCGGCUUUAGGAAGAAACUGUUUGAGCGGGUGAAAUGCAUCUCCUGCCACCGGCCCGUGGAGAUGAUGACCAGCCCGCAACUCAUCACCAUCCGCAGUGCCCGCCUGCUGUCGCGGCUGUGGCCGGCCAGCGCCAACAGCUACGAGUACCUGCAGUGGCAACAGGUGAGGGAACAGCAGCGGCUGCAGAAGCUCCAGAACCUUGCAGCCCCGGAGGAGAGCCUGGACUCGCUGGGCUCCCAGCAGGACUGGGGUAACGGCCCCGGAAAUGACGCCAACCUUGAUUUCAAAUCAUGUAACUUGUCGACAGUCUACCCCUACGGGGACCCCGAGUUGUUGGACUAUGAUUCCGCCGAGGUGGACAUCCUGGGAGUGGACGGGAUCCUGUACAAGGGCCGAAUGAACAACAAGGACAGGGUGCGGCCUCUGACCGGCGCAGAGAAGGAGCUGGCAGCUGUGAAGGUUCCGCAUCCCCCCGCUCGAAGGCCAUAUGAGGGUGCGCGCCCGAGUGCCUUAUUUGGUGCCAUCUACCCCUCCCUGCACCCCUGCACCAGCAUGGGCUUAGCCGCCUCAGGCCCCCAGCCGACGAUGCCAGCUCAGCCUCCGUCUCUGCCUCCCCUGCCGCUGCUGCCACAGCUGAUGCCGUCCCUGCAGGAUCCCCAGCCGGCCCCAGGGCCUGCCGGGCACCCAAGGCCUCUGCGCCUUGAGUCCCAAGCCGGCAUGCAGUCCGCCAAGGAGCCCACCAAGCUGUGAGCCUGCACCGCCAGCGUCGCCCCCUCCCCCCAGCAGGACUGUGUCCAAAUGAGGCCGAGCUCUUCCUGACCCAGGUGACCUACACCGCCUUGGGGGAUACUGGCCAGUGCAGCCCUGGCCCCACCGCCAUAUCACAGAUGAGUGUUUUUGUCAGCUUCUCCCCAGAAUAAAAUCUUUCACUUUUCUGACUGUGGAUGAGGGUGACUGGCCCCAUGCCCUCUGUGAGGGGAGGCCUUGCCCAUCCCACAUGGGUGGGUGGACCUGCCAGUCCUUCCUCGGGCCACCAGCCCAGGGUCAGCCUCCCAGAACCACCGUCCAGAACCACCGUGGCUGAGUCUCAGCAGAGAAUCACAACAAACCUCCCCUCCCCCAUCACGUCGGUCGCCCCGUGGCAAAGCGCCCCGUGUGGCCCUGGUCCUGUGUGGUGGGCAGAUCACGGGCCUGUGGGAGGGGCAGUGGUGUGACUUGCCCAGGGUCACACAAUGAGGCCUUAGCUCUCCGCCCACCUGCCCAGAAGGCUGUACUUCUUGGGUGGGUGCUGUACACAGGUAUGAGGGGUCCAACUUCCAGGGAAAGGAGGUGUGGCCUGGCCUCGGGCAGACGGAGAGGUGGGGGCUCCUGGGGACGCGCCCAUGCCAGGUGUGGUCAGGCUUGUCUCCUGCAGCCUUGACAUGUGUGGAACCACAGGCAUCCAAGCCCUGCUCUUUCAGCCCCUCGUAGCUGCCUUCCCAGCCCAUUUCUCAGAUUUACCAAUGGAAUCAGUGCUUGAGUGGGUUCCUGCAGCCCAGGGAGCGAGGAGCAAGACCCAGGUAGGUCACUGUGUACCCAUUUGCAUACUGACAGGCCUCCUGGGUGCUUUGAACGCUGGGGAACCAUGAACCCAACUGCAGCCAGCCAGGAGCCAUCUUGAAGAUGACAGUUCUAUCCCCCGUGGGGGUUGGUAGGGAAGCCAACCUUUGGCCUGAUCCCAGAUGCUCCUGAUGAAGAGCAAAUCCCCUUCAGAGAUUCCAGCAGACGCAAGACAGACGCUGGACACGCACAUGUCCAUGGUGGCCAGAGGAGUGGCUGGCCGGCCAGGGACAGGCUAUGUCCCCACCGUGGUGGUCAGCUUCAACCAUAUGUGGCCUUAAGGGAACUUGGUCCAGAUAUUACAAAUUUUCCAAGCAACCUCAUGGAUGCAAAUGGUGUUUUCAGAAUGGAAUCUUGGAAAGAGAGCAAUCUGGAGCUCAAGUCUAGUGGUGACGAAGCCCAGAGGCUGGACUUUUGAGGUGACAAUGCUGGUCUUCUCUGUAUGCUGCUGAGGCAGCUCCUAGGAGGUGCCCGAGGUGGACAGCUGAGGAUGGCUGUAAAUGUGACUCUUCUGUUCCUACAUCAGCAGGUUUGCUUUUUAGCCAGUUUACACUUGAACGUGUAGUAGGUGGUUACUGACUCCUUCAGUUUUGCUUCUGAGACUCCAGGUUUGGGGAAAUUGAAGUUCCUGGUUCUGUGCUGCCCUUGAGUUCUGGGUCACGUGGCAUCUAUGUGGGCCCACCUCUAGCCCCCCCCUUGAGUGAGUUUUCCUGCCCCCUUUGCUUGCCUGAGAGAUGCUCAGAUGCUCACACCUGGCAGGGCCUCAGCACUGCUGGAAAGCUCCAGCCCUGCCCUCUGCCCCCUCCUGCUCCAGUUCCCGCUGUGCCUGGGGCCCUUGUUAGAAAUCAGAUUCCUAACCGGUUUGCAGGGCAGAAAUAGAGACACAGAUGUAGACAACAAACAUAUGGAC